AUGGCCGGCAAGGCAGACCAUCUUUGUGUUCUUGUUCAUGGACUCUGGGGAAACCCACAGCAUCUCGACUUUCUACGCGACUCCCUCCGUAAUAAAUACACCGAAGACAAGAUCCACGUUCUUGUCACGAAGCGAAAUGCGGGAAGCUUCACGUACGACGGCAUAGAGACUGGAGGCGAACGCGUCGCGCACGAGAUCGAAGAAAGACUGGAGGAACUCGCACAGACCGGACAUGAGAUUCAAAAGAUCAGCGUCAUCGGGUACUCGCUGGGUGGUCUCAUCUCACGCUACGCUAUCGGCCUGCUAUACUCGAAGGGAUUGUUUGAGAAGAUAACGCCCGUGAACUUUACCACGUUUGCUACACCACAUCUCGGCGUGCGGACUCCUCGUCGCGGAUAUCUCAGCAAUGCUUUCAACGUAUUGGGCGCGCGUGUGCUUUCCACAAGCGGCAGGCAGAUGUUCCUAGUCGACAGCUUCAGAGACACUGGACGACCCCUCCUUUCGGUACUCGCGGACGCGGAUAGCAUAUUCAUUCGCGCCCUCGCGCAAUUCAAGCAUCGCAGCUUGUACGCAAAUAUUAUCAACGACAAGACCGUGGCUUAUUUCACCGCUGGCAUCUCUCAGACGGAUCCCUUUGAACGAAUAGAGGAGGUCAAGGUCAAUUACCUGAACGGAUACGAAGAUGUGGUUGUGGAUUCUCGCCAUCCCGUGGAUCCCAAGAAACCGGAUGCGCUCCCUGUCUUCCGCCAACGCCUUUCGGUUGGUACGCGUGAAUUCUUUCGCAAGAUACCCACUAUCGCCUUCUUUAUAAUCUUCGUUCCAAUUGGCACGACCUUACUUCUCUCCAACGCUGCAAUUCAAUCUGUUCGUAGCCGCCAACGCCUACGCUUACAUGAAACGGGAAUGGCUGGCAUUGACGUCAAAGGCUACCGCAUCCCCUUGAUGUUGAAUACAGCGCGUCAAGAAAUGGAAGAUAUGUACGAAAACAUGAACAACCGACAAGGCCAAGAUUACCUUGGAGCAGGCGAAGAAGAAUUGGCAUCACCGACACAGCAGCGGACAUUUUCUUUCUCACAGAGAGCGGACGCAGCGGACUCUGAAGCAGAGUCGACAGUAGACGAGAAGUCCGAAAUUCAGCUCGAAUUUCCAACACUGGCGCUUACGGAGCAUCAAUUCAAGAUGAUCGAGAAUCUGGAUACUGUUGGGUUCAAGAAAUACCCUAUUCACAUCAAGAACAUCGGCCAUACCCAUGCCGCCAUUAUCCGGCGAAUGGACAAACCCAGCUUCGACGAAGGUCACAUUGUCGCCAGACACUGGCUCGACCAUUUUGAAAUCUGA